CUCCACUUAUCAUUUCCAUGUAACUUCCUGGACCCUUCGUCUUCAACAAUUCUCCUUCAAUUUCCGGCUCUUCAGUUGACUUCUAACAGGAGUGACCGAGUCAUUGAGAGAUCCCCAUGUAGUACAAAGGAACAAGGUACUCUUCUCUAAAGAGACAAAGGGGUUUUCUUUUGAUCUUUUCCUUUUGGUGCAAUCAUUUCCAUAUAUAUAUAUAUAUAUAUAGAAGAGAAGUUUAUAGAUUCUAUAUUAGUGAUGGAGUCUGAUCAGUCACGACAACAAGUUUAUGUUGUAAUCACUCUGCCACCAUCAGAUGAUCCUUCUUUUGGUAAAACCGUCACUAUACAUACAUACAAUGAUGAUUCUGGUUCUGGUUUCCCACAAACUCAACAAACCCAUCAUCAACAAGAACCCAAUACCCCAAAUCAAACACCUUUUCAUCCACCACUAUCAUCAAGCUCUCAAAUCCAGUUAUCACCCAGAAGACUCUUUUUGGGAACCCCUAAAAAGCUAAUGGGUGGGUUUCUGGGUAUUUCUCUUUUGGCUCUCAUGAUCUACAGCUCUUUGUUUCAAAAUGCCUCUCAAGAAUUAAGGGAUUCUAGUGAAGAUGAUGAAAAACCCUUGUCUUUUAUCUUUCCUUUGUACCACAAGAUGGGUAUUGGAGAGAAUUUACAGAAGGAUUUGGAGCUGAAAUUGGGCAGGUUUAUUGAUGUGGAUAAGGAAAAUUUGGUGGCAUCAGUCAAUGAACAAAUUGGAACCCACAAGGGCAAAAAAUUGGUUUCCUCUAAAGCUGCUGCUGCUGGUUCAUCCACUAUUUCUCCUAUUAGUGGCAACGUGUUUCCAGAUGGGUUGUACUUCACUUACAUGCAUGUUGGUAGCCCCCCUAGACCUUAUUUUCUUGAUAUUGAUACUGGAAGUGACUUAACAUGGAUCCAAUGCGAUGCACCUUGCACUAGCUGCGCCAAGGGACCGAAUGCUCUGUACAAGCCGACAAAAAGAAACAUAGUACCUUACAAGGAUGCAUUGUGUCUCCAACUCAAUGAAAAUGGCAGAUAUUGUGGAACUUGCCAACAGUGUGACUAUGAAAUUGAAUAUGCAGAUCAUAGCUCCUCCAUGGGUGUUCUUGCUAGAGAUGAGGUUCAUCUUAAGAUUGCAAACGGAUCAUCGACCAAAUUAGAUGCUGUUUUUGGAUGUGCUUAUGAUCAGCAAGGCCAACUGUUGAACACUCUCUCAAAAACGGAUGGAAUCCUCGGACUUAGCAGGGCCAAAGUUAGCCUACCUUCUCAGUUUGCUAGCCGUGGGAUCAUUAAAAACGUGGUAGGUCAUUGCCUUACAACUGAUGCGGCUGGUGGUGGAUAUAUGUUUUUGGGUGAUGAUUUUGUACCACAGUGGGGUAUGGCUUGGGUCCCUAUGCUUAACAGCCCUAGCAUGGAUCUUUAUCACUCUGAGAUAGUAAAAUUGCAUUAUGGGAAUAGCCUGCUCAGUUUGGGUGGGCAGGACAGCAGAGUAGGGCGAAUAGUGUUUGAUAGUGGCAGUUCUUAUACCUACUUCACAAAACAAGCGUAUUCUGAAUUAGUUGCUUCGCUGAAAGACAUUACAACUCUGGAACUCAUCCAAGAUACAUCGGAUGCAACAUUGCCGAUAUGCUGGCGAGCUAACUUCCCUGUCAGAGCAGUUAAGGACAUUAGUCCGUUCUUCAAAACUUUAUCCUUGCAAAUUGGGAGCAAAUGGUGGAUAAUCUCCAAAAAGUUUCAGAUCCGUCCAGAGGGCUACUUGAUAAUUAGUAAUAGAGGCAAUGUGUGCUUAGGUAUCCUUGAUGGUAGCGAAGUACACGACGGAGCAACAUUUAUACUCGGAGACAUAUCAUUGCGUGGAAAAUUGGUUGUAUACGACAACGAGAACCAGAAAAUCGGAUGGGCACCAUCAGACUGUGCCACGCCCAGAAGAUACGAGAGCCUGCCGUCCGUGGAGGGAUAGACCAUUUUAGAUAUCACGCAGACUGACUUGACUACUAUCCCCCAUGUGUAUGAAGUAUAUGAUAGGGAAGUGUUGAAGCAUAUAUAAAUCUUUUGUAUACAGUAGCAAUAAUUGACUGGUUGCUGGCUCUAUAUGUUGCAAUGAUUUAUCCAUGCCUGAAGAACAUUUAUGUUGUUUCAUACGUUAAAUAUUUUAUAUAUAUAACAUAGAAUAAGAAUGUUAUUUUGACUA